AGUGCUGUCACAAAAGGGAAUUGGCGCACUGCUUGAUGGUUUCUCCGGACAUGUUAAGGGGAAAAUAAAAAAAAUAAUCCAGAGUACCGCACAGACCAUACAAUCCAAUUUAUUACAUUGCUGAUUUCGUAUCUUUCAUCAGCACCUCACAUCUUCUACGAUCAAGCAACGACAGGUAUCAACUACAGAAUCAACUGUCGCGGAAAACACGCUGUGUUGUCGGCUUCCUUUUUCUGUUGAGCUUGUUGAUGCAACAGUCCACCAUAAAACACGGAGUUCUUUAUCUGCAAGCACACCACAUAGACCAUCACGAACUUAGUCUUUCUUGUUUCUCCAACAACGAAUAAAGACUGUCAUACAUCUUUGAAGAAAUAAUAAAGAGAAAUCCAAUACAGAAUACUGCUGCGAUUAUUUGUGAGAGGGAAAACUCUUUAGGGACUUUCUUUUUCUCCCCGCUUUUGCGACGAAGCCGUGACGGAGUUCUGAAGAAUAGCUUACAGCUGCGGAAGGCCUUUUUUCUUUUGCUGGGUGGUGCGGUACAUGGCCACUAUUCAGAAGCUCUCGACCGAUGUGAUCAACCGUAUCGCUGCGGGUGAAGUGGUACAGCGACCGAGUGCCGCUCUUAAAGAACUCCUCGAGAACGCUAUCGAUGCGGAGUGCAGCCGCAUUCAGGUGUUGGCGGCCGAGGGCGGUCUGGACGUGUUGCAGGUGAGCGACGAUGGCAGCGGCAUCCACCGGGAAGAUCUGCCCUUGCUGUGUGAGCGUUACGCGACGAGCAAGCUGCAGAGCUUUGAGGACCUGCAGCACGUUACGUCUUUUGGCUUUCGCGGGGAGGCCCUCGCCUCCAUCUCGUACGUCGCUCGCGUCACAGUGACAACACGCCGUCGUCCACCCACAUCGGUGCCCACCGUUUCGCCUGGUAUGCCCGUCUCCUCCUCCGCCGCCAGCUCGCAGGUUGCGUGGCGAGCGCAGUACCUCAACGGAAGUCUCAAAUCUGAUCCGCAGCCGUGCGCGGGUAACGUUGGCACCACCAUCCGCGCAGAGAAGCUGUUUUACAACGCGCUUGUCCGCCGCAACUCCCUGCGCGCGUCAGAGGAGUGGGGUCGCAUCGUGGACAUCGUCUCGCGGUACGCCUUGGCCUAUCCUCAAAUUGGGUUUACCUGUCAGCGAGAUCAGAGCUACGGCAGCAGCAGCAGCGGCGGCGGUGGUGGGACUACCGGCACAGCAGCAAGCGGCGCGCAGGGUGGCAGCGGUGGAGUUCACUUCCCUCCCAAUUCGACCACUCGUCAGAACAUCCGUCUCUCGCACGGCAGCCGUGUCGCCGCUUCGUUGCGGCUGGUGUACGCUUACGAGGUGGGUCAAGCGAGCAUUGCCGCCGAGAACAAGGCAGACUUACCUCGCCACAUCAAGGUGGAAGGAGAAGCGGAGGCGCCCAAGACAAAGACGUUGUCUGCGAGCGGAGUGCAGAAAAAUGCCGCCCAAGAGGCGCGUGUGUUUGCGCAGAUGGAGCGACGCGCCAACCAUGUGCGCUCCGCCGUCGGCCCUGCUGGUGCUGGUCUCUUCACCCUUGUUGGUUACACCAGCGACCCCACGCUGGCCCAACGCAAGCCGUACCUGUGCCUCUUCAUUAAUCAGCGACUGGUGGAGAGUACCGCGAUACGCAAGGCCAUCGAUGGCGUGUACAGCGGCGUGCUCACCGGCGGCAAUCGCCCCUUCACCGUUCUCUUUCUCACCGUCCCAACAGAUCGCCUCGACGUCAACGUGCAUCCCACAAAGAAGGAAGUCUUUUUGCUCGACGAAGAACUCGUCGUGGCGCGUGUGUCGGAGGUAUGCCGGGGCGCCGUGCUGGAGGCUGCCGCGGCUCGGCAGAUGGACAUGCUGCAGAUGCGCCACACGACCGUGUUGGCACUCAAGCAGCUCCCGUUGGCAGACGGCAGUGGCGGCGUGGACGGCGACGGGAGCGAGUUGUCGGGCAGCAGCAGUCAGCACAUUCUGGAGAAGCUGCGCGAUCAGCACCGCCGCGGAGCACCGAUGGCCUCGCCGCUGACUUCUUCAUCUCUUGCGACGUCCUCCCGCGCGACGGCGAGCGGCGGCCCGGCGGCGGUGGUGGUGGCGCCGUGUACGAUGGUGCGUGUGGAGCCACAGAGGGGCGCGCUGGACCGCUACUUUUCGCAGCGUCUUGCUUCCACCGGAGGUGAUGGCGGCGCGGCAGAGGCUGUGGUGAGUAAGGCGGCGACCACUGGUUCACCCGUUAUCGCAGAUCCACAAAAACAAGGAGGACGCCCAGAACCUUUCCUGUCCUGCCCGGACACGAUGGACGCUACUACUGUCUCUACCGUAUCCGUGGAUGCGAAUCCUGACAGAGGUGGUGCGGGUCAGCAUGCGAGAGUCGAUGUGGAAAAGGACUCCGCUCCUGCCUAUGCGGCGCCGUCGUGGGAUGCCGUCAUGGCGUCGCUGCAUCGCACCACAACGGUCUCUCCUAGCAACGCUGAUGAGAUCGGCAACCACAACAGAGCAGGUGUGGUGCAGUCCGCCAUACUCAACACCUCAGCUGCCUCCAUCGUGUUGCUCGACUCAGAACCCGGCCGAGAUGUCCCGUCGAUGACUGAGACAUCUGCGGCGCAGAACACGGAGAUGAACGUGUUAACGGAAUCCCCUUUUCAGGUAAGCGCUUUUCAUCCAAAACGAGAGCGUGCCGCUGACGUUGACAAGGAGGCAGACGAUAAGGACACGAGUUCCUCCGACGACGCAGACAGCGAUGAAGAGGAUCGGAUGCGGGAGUUCAAGCGUCAUCGCCGAGACGUUUACGAGCGUGUGGAGGUGUUACAGCGAAACACGCCUUCUGCUGUGAAGGCGGAGAGAAAGACAACCGCAUUUGCCACCGAGAAGGAGAACACGGCCCGUGAAGUUCUCUUAAGCGGUACUGAUCGGCCUGCGUGCGAAACGGAUGCUUCUGCGCUAUCCGCUGACCGUACCGCAGCGGAAGAGCUCGAAUCCAUGACGCGGCUUGGUGCCGUGGUGCAGGCCGCUGAUCUUCUGCGCGACGAAGCGCUGGCAGCUGCACGGAACGUGUCCACCUUCGCCCACGUCAUUGCCUCCAGUGAGGAAAGCGACGCCGAAGAAGGAGAAGAAGUGGAGGGGAGGACAGCGAGGGCGGGCCGAGGCACAGAAAUAUCCAGCAGGAAGACGGCACUCGUCUCCGUCGCGGAAGUGGAGGCACCCGCUAUCCUCUCCAGUGUGUCCAUCGUGAUGGAGAGCAUUCUCGCCAACGCCAGCCCUAGCGCAGCCGCGUUGACUGCGCAGCUCGCCUACGUGGGUGCCGUUGACACGCGUGCCUUCCUUGCGCAGGUGGGGACAACACUUGUGUGGUGUGACACGAUGCGCCUCGUGCGUCAAGUCGUCUUCCAGCGCGUCUUUCUCCGGUGGGGUCAGCCCUCGCUGCCUGCGCCGUCCAUCCUCGAAUUCGACACACCGCUUCCACUUUCCGAUCUCUUGGCGACGGCCUUGGCGUUUGAUGCGCCACACCUGCAGCCGCCGUCCGCGGCACUGCUGGCGCUGAUGGAGGACUGCGAUCGAGACCCCGCGCGUUGCACGGACGGUAGCAGGGAAAGCCAGCCGCUGCGUCGGACGGGCCUUACAGCAGAGGCGGUGGAGCGCAUGGGCGGCAUGACGGCCGGCGCAUGGCGACGGCUGCUCUUUCAGGGUCCGAGCACCCCUUCAGCCACGGACGACAACAAAGCAUUUCCUCCUCCGACAUCAAUGCCGGUCCCGAUGCCGGCAACAUGUCGGUACAUUCGCCGACUUGUGCGGAGGCUCUGUCGCUGGCGCGGUCUGCUGAGUGAGUACUUCUUUAUCCACAUCACCUCGGACGGGCUCUUAGUAAGUGUUCCAUAUGGGCUGAAUCGCCACUGGCCACCGCUGCUGCGCGCCCUCCCCCUCACCGUCUGGUUACUGGCAGAGGCUGUGCCCUACCCUGGUGGUACGCACGCAGCCGUUAACACUGCUCCUUCUCCACAGCCGGCGCCGCUGCAAGUGGCAUUACUUCAAGAGGACGAGGUAACGUCAACCGAGGCUUCCGCUGGUGCGACACCCGCGCCCACGCAGACCGUCGUGGAGGCGGAGGCGGACGGGGUCGCACAGGAGGUGGCUUGCUUCACUGCCGUCGCACGACAUGUGGCGGAUGUGCUCUACGGUCUGCAGGCACCGCCACCACCAGCGACGAUUCAGGCAGCGCCUCGUCCUUCAUCGGCAGCGUCGGAGGGGCCGGAGACGGAAACUUCGGCCACCGCCAGCGCCGAUGAGACCUGGCGAGAGCAGCUGGUGCAGCACGGCUUGUUUCCGUGCUUGAAGAAUGCGCAGCUGUUUCGCCUGCCCGACCGGUGUCUGCGCGACGGCACGGUGCAGUCCAUGGUCUCCGUGGAGUCGCUCUACAAGGUAUUCGAGCGUUGCUGA